AUGGACGAGAAAACCGCCCUGGUGCUGGCCUUGCAGCUAGUGGCCCUCUUCUCCAUAGCCGGCGCCCUGCUGCUCUACCUGCUGUGCAAGAUCCGGGCCUCCAGCACGGAUCUGCUGGACGGCAGCACUCCGGGGGCGGGCAAACCGGUGCUGGUCACCUCGGCCGAUACCGCCAUUGGGCUGCAGAUCGCCAUCCAUUUGGCGAACAGAGGCUUCCGAGUGUUCGCCGGCCUCAAAGACGGAGCCUCUACAGGCUCAGCAGAGGACUCCGCUUCCUCCAAGGUCAUCAGCGCGUGGCAGAAGCACAGGGAGAGCGUUCAGGGACAGGGGGUGCUAGUCGCUCUGCCUCUCGACGUCACUAGGGAGGACCUCCUCCACGAAGCCGUGGACGUUAUCAGAGCCCAUCUGCCGGCCGGAGAGGACGGCAUCUGGGCCGUAGUAAACACCAGCGGCCUGUCCUACCGCGGCCGUCUCGACCAGCAAGACAACUCCCACUGGGACGCCAUGCUGAAAACCAACGUCGUCGGCGUCCUGCGCACCGCCAGAAAACUCCGACCACUGCUGCGCAACGCGGGCGGGCGCAUCAUCACGGUGGGCGCUACCGAGCAAUUGGGUGCAGGUCUGGUCGCCUACGCGGCCAGCCGAUUCGCCGUAGAGGGCGCUAGCAAGGCGCUCAGGCAGGAAUUGGCGCCAGUGGGGAUCAAAGUGGUGACGAUCAAUCCUCAGGGGAUCAUGCCCGAGUUGCUGUUUUCCGUUCCGAAGCUGAGCAGUAAACAGGGCCAAGAAGAUACAACGGUGGAGAUGACAGGAUGCAUGAACUAUCAGCCAGUAGUUCUAUCUUCCAGGGCUCUCCAUAUCCUGGAUGUAGCCUUGACCAGUAGAAAACCAAAGGACAAUUAUAGCUUGGAGGAGAAACCGUGGUGUAAACCCUUCGAAAUCCUAAAGAUAGUUUAG